AUGGCUAGCAAGUCGAGCAGCUCGACAGAUACCCCGCCGCAAAAGUCGUCAUGGCCAUGGAGUGGGCGGAAAAGACGGAAUAGUGAAACUUCCUUGUCGUCUCUGAGAGAGCUCGUGACCGGAAGGAGGAAUUCGCUUUCGGCUGCCGAUGCCCCAGAGGUCAAUCGUCUUCGGAAGAAGGCGCCUGGCUCCUCGGCCGCCAAACCUCGAGCACCAGAAGACAAGACGGAUGUUGAGAAGGUGGCCGCCGCUCCCGCAGGUCCCGGCGAUGCGAAGAAUAAAAGCAAAUCGCAGUCUCGAUCGGGGAGCCCCCUUUUCCCCGACGAGAACCCCAAGCAUCAGUCCGGCGGAACACAAGCUCACAACGCCAUGCUUGUGAAACUGGAUCUGGCUGCCGUGGAUCAGCAGCUCGAACUUUCCUCUAAAGCAAGAGAGAACACUUGCCUGCUCACACCAGUCAGCAUCCGCGUGGGAGACCACGCGAGUGCGUACCCAAUCUCCACCAUUCUCUUCGUGGCGCUAUCCCCCGUCCACUCCCACACCAGCUCGUCCAAAGCGGUUAGCCCACCUGGCCAACCCGAACCUUCAAGCAAGCGCCUUGGCGUCACGCUGCCUCGCGAUCCCGCCUCGCGCGCCAGACGUUUCUCCUUUUGA